AAUGCAACACAAGUUAGUUAGUGAGCAGCUGAAAAUGGUGGUAAAGUACGAAGGUAGAGUGCUCCAGCUCCAACAAGUUUCGAAUUAGGGCUUUCAGCAGACUCUCUCUCUUCUCAUCGUACACGGAGACCUGCGUAUCACAGUCAUCGUCUUCCAUGAUUUAACAAUUAGGGUUUGCAGAAGAGAGAAGGAGGCAUAGAAUUUGAGAUGCUUCAGGGCCAGGUUUCGGAUCGCCAUUGAGGUUCAAAGUGGACUUCGUCUCGGAGGAAAGUAUAAGGGCACAAUUAUAUGAAACUUUAAGUUUGGGGGAAUGGUGGGUGCAUCAACUAAUUCAAGAUAUAAAUAUUUACAUGAUUGUAAGUGGCCUCGUGAAGCAGUUGACGUGCACCACAUCAUUGUUAGAAAGAGUGGUGCAAAGGGUUUCUUUGUAUACUUCUUCGCUCUCAUUAUUCUAGCUACCGCCUUCUACCUUUUCUUGGUUAAGGAGAAAUCAGUGAUCAUUGUUUUAUGGAGUCUCUUGUUAGAUGCAUUCCUUGUAAAGUUGCUUCGGAAGAGUGUUGAGAAAGAGUCCGUUGUGGUUAUGCCAGCAUUUGGAGUUCAACUAGAGACUCACUAUGUGAGUGGAAAGAUUAUUCGUCGGUUCGUUCCUAUGGACAAGAUUUUGAAACCUGUGCUACUAGAAUGUGUGACUCCAGUUACUUGUUUUUGGAGCCUGUCUUUCAUUGUACACGGGGAAGCAGAAUUGGUGUUAGUUUUCAAGGAAUUACGUCCGCCUAUGAAAAUGUUGGUCCCCAUCUGGAAGGCCUUGUGUGCUGCCACUGGUAUUAAAGGAAGCUCAAACACAUCCAUGGAAGAUGGUUGAUGGAAAUGUUAAUUAUGAAUUAGAAGCUCCAUUUGCUGCUCAAGCAACAUAGAAUAAUUUGCAGAGCUAUUGCAUCCUCUUCAAGAUCGCGUAGUUGUUUAGUAUUCCGAUUGAUACGGCUUCUAUUGCAAAAGGGGCAAGGAGGAGGAUGAAAGUAUUAAACGCGAU